UGAUAUAGAAUAUACAGGUAGAGAAUUCUGGAACAAAAAUGGAGAAGAAAGCUCAUGUUCUGCUCGUUCCUUUCCCUGCUCAAGGCCACAUUACUCCCGUACUACAAUUCUAUAAGCGAUUAGUCUCCAAAGGAGUCAAAGCUACACUUGUCACCACCACUUACAUCUCCAACUCCACGCAUUCAGAUCCCAGUAUCCCAUUUGAUAUUGAAACUAUAUCAGAUGGCUUCGACGACGGUGGCUAUGAGCAGGCUGAGAAUCCCCACGUUUAUUUCACAACCUUCAAGUCCGUAGGCUCGCAAACGCUGGCGAAUUUGAUCAGAAAAUUGAAGGAUUCUGGUAACUCCAUUGAUGCGCUUAUAUAUGAUGGAUCCAUUCCAUGGGCGCGUGAUGUUGCAAAGCAGUUUGGGGUACUUGGAGUUUUGUUUUUCACCCAAUCUUGCGCUGUCAACAGCAUCUAUUACCACGUCAACCGCGGACUUCUUCGCUUGCCACUCUUGGGGAAACCUGUUUCGCUCCCUGGAUUGCCUUUGCUUGAAGCUUCAGAGACUCCAUCUUUUAUUGGUUCUUAUGGUUCAUACCCAACUUUUUUUGAUGUAGUGGUCAACCAGUUCUCCAACAUUGACGAUGCAGAUACAGAUUGGGUGCUUUGCAGUACUUUCUAUGAACUGGAGAAGGAGGUUGUGGAUUGGAUGGCUAGAAAAUGGAGGGUCAAGACAAUAGGACCAACACUUCCAUCUAUGUACUUGGACAAACAGAUUGAGAAUGACAAAGCCUAUGGUGUUAGUCUCUUUAACCCAGACACCAGUUCUGUGUUGGGUACUUGGUUGGAUAACAAACCAACAGGUUCAAUUGUCUAUGUGUCCUUUGGGAGCUUGGCUGAACUAGGAGCAGAACAAAUGGAAGAGAUAGGUUGGGGAUUGAAGCAAAGCAACUGCUACUUCUUAUGGGUUGUUCGGGCAUCGGAGCAGGCCAAGCUGCCUAACAACUUCAUUGAGGAGACAUCAGAGAAGGGUUUGGUCGUGACAUGGUGUCCACAACUGAAAGUUUUAGCACAUGAGUCAAUAGGAUGUUUUGUGACACAUUGUGGGUUCAAUUCUGUCUUGGAGGCUUUGAGCUUGGGAGUUCCAAUGGUGGCAAUGCCACGUUGGACUGACCAAACUACCAAUGCUAUGUAUGUGGAGAAUGUUUGGAGAACUGGAAUUAGAGUCUGUUUAGAUGACCAAGAAAUUGUGAGAAAAGAAGUUUUGGAAGAAUGUAUAAGGCGAGUGUUAUGGGGAGAUGAGGGAAAAGAGAUCAAGAAAAAUGCGAAUAAGUGGAGGGAUUUGGCUAAGGAAGCCAUUGAUGUUGGUGGAAGUUCUGAUAGGAACAUUGAUGAAUUUGUGGCCCAUUUAGUCCACUAGUUUUGUAGCCUGGGCUGUGUUAAUUGUGCCCAAGUUCAACCUGUAUCAAAUGGCACACAAGAAUGACAAGAUGUUUGAUAGUUUGUCUUGCUCUUUAAUUAUUGAGUUAAUUUAUGCCGGAUUAGUUUCAAGUUGGCCUUUCA